CUUUCAUGUUGGUGAAUACUACUGAAAGAGUUGGCCAAAAGGCCCACCUUUUGCUACCACAACUAAAGGAAAAUGACACACAUUGCAUCGAUUUCAAUUUUUUUGUUUCCAGCAAAAGUGGUUCCAGUCCUGGAAUUUUGAAUGUUUAUGUGAAAGUUAAUAAUGGUGAACUUGGAAAUCCAGUAUGGAAUGUCUCCGAUGCCCCUAUUGGUAUUUGGAAUAGGGUGGAAUUGGCUGUCAGCACCUUUUGGCCAAACUUUUAUCAGGUAGUUUUUGAAGUUAUCACUUCAGGUCAUCAAGGAUAUCUGGCUAUUGAUGAUGUGAAGGUUUUAAGUCAUCCAUGUACCAGCACACCUCAUUUCCUGCGCCUCCAGAGUGUAGAAGUCAACGCUGGCCAGUUUGCUAAUUUUCAUUGCACCGCCAAUGGUAGGACUGUUCAUGGAAACAAGCUUUGGCUACAGGGAUUGCUUGUACGGGAUGCACCUUUGAAGGACAUGAAAAUUUUUAAUGAUCGUCGAUUUGUAGCAUCUUUUAGUGUGGUGAAUGCUACUAAACGGGAUGCUGGCAAUUACCGCUGCAUGAUUCGCACAGAAGGAGGAGUUGGAGUAUCAAAUUAUGCAGAACUGAUCAUUAAAGAGCCUCCGGUUCCUAUUGCACCUCCUCAACUGUCAUCUGUUGGUGCAACCUAUUUAUGGAUACAGUUGAAUGCCAAUUCUAUUAAUGGAGAUGGACCCAUCACUGUGAGACAAAUAGAAUAUCGCACCUCAAGUGGAAGCUGGUAUGAUAUACAACCAGUGGAUUCAACAAAGUAUAAAAUUGGACACCUGGAUCCUGACACAGAAUAUGAAAUUAGUGUAUUGCUCACUAGACCAGGUGAAGGGGGUACUGGAUCUCCUGGACCAGCACUUAAAACAAGGACAAAAUGUGCCGAUCCUGUGCAUGGUCCAAGAAAACUUGAAGUUGUAGAGAUCAAAUCCUGGCAAAUCACCAUCACCUGGGAGCCAUUUGGCUACAAUGUGACCCGUUGCCAUAAAUAUAACCUUACAGUCCAUUACCGUUACCAAACUGGUGGACAGGAGCAAGUUAGAGAAGAAGUGAGCUGGGAUACUGACAAUUCACACCCUCAGCACACCAUUACUAAUUUGUCCCCCUACACUAAUGUCAGUGUCAAACUUAUUCUUAUGAAUCCUGAAGGAAGAAAAGAAAGUCAGGAAAUUGUGGUACAAACUGAUGAAGAUGUUCCAAGUGCUGUUCCGCUUGAAUCUAUCCAGGGAAAUACUUUUGAGGAGAAGAUUUUUCUUCAAUGGAAGGAGCCAGUACAAACAUAUGGAGUGAUCACUUUAUAUGAAAUCACAUACAAGGCUGUCAGCUCCUUUGACCCAGAAAUAGAUUUAUCAAACCAAAGUGGACGGGUUCUAAAGCACGGGAAUGAAACACAUUAUUUGUUUUUUGGACUGCAUCCUGGAACUACUUAUUCUUUCACUAUCCGGGCUAGUACAGCCAAAGGCUUUGGACCACCUGUAACAAGUCAAUUUACCACAAAGAUAUCAGCACCUUCUAUGCCACCCUAUGAGUUGGAAACACCUUCAAAUCAAACGGACAGCACCGUGACGGUUCUGUUGAAGCCUGCACAAAGCAGAGGUGCACCAGUCAGUGUCUACCAAAUAGUUGUUGAGGAGGAACGCCCUCGCAGAACCAAGAAAACCACAGAAAUCCUGAAGUGCUACCCUGUGCCAAUUCACUUCCAGAACGCUUCAAUUCUGAAUUCCCAGUAUUAUUUUGCAGCUGAGUUUCCAGCCCACAGCAUUCAAAUGGCUCAACCUUUUACUAUUGGUGACAACAAAACCUACAGUGGCUUUUGGAAUACUCCUCUUCUUCCUCAUAAAAGUUACAGCAUUUAUUUUCAAGCUGCCAGCAGAGCAAAUGGGGAAACAAAAAUUGACUGUGUCAGAGUGGCUACUAAAG